UUACUGAAAUAAAUGAACUUUUCCACAACAUCCUAAUUUAUUGAGAAGCACCUUUAUAAAUUAAUUUUCUCUAUGGGCUUUCCAAAGUAAAGCCUAUUAUGUGCCAUUGGUUGUUUUCCUGUUGUGCUUGUCGUUCUUGUCAGUGCUUUCUUUUUCCUUUCACUGGGUGCUUCUCUGAAGUCUUUUUCUUUGUGUUUCUCUCCUCCCCCAGUCACAUGCUCUAUGUGCAUUUGUCCUUGACUUACUCUACUCACCUGUAACCAACGUUUUGUUUUGGGUCUCUUUCUUUCACCCUCUAUCAGGCACAACAUUUUAGUAACCUUGUGAUGCAACUCUAGCAUACCUGACAUCAGAUCAGAAGGUUUCGUGUUCAAAUCACGUCAUGGUCAAAUUUAUAUGGUUUAAAAAAUGUCCUCUAAAAUGGUGGGCUCAAACAACCUGACACAUGCUAGGAGGAUGGUACAGCAACUGAGAGUCGAGGCCAGUAUUGAGAGGAUAAAGGUAUCCAAGGCCUCAGCUGACCUCAUGCGUUACUGUGGAGAAAACGCCAAAUACGACCCCCUGCUCAUGGGCAUCCCUGCCUCAGAAAACCCCUUCAAGGACAAAAAGCCCUGCACUAUAUUGUAGUGUAACAAGUAUUAAUCUAAUUUAAUUACUUCUACUCAACUUUGUCUUAAGUUCGGCUUUUGCUCCUUAGUAUAACUUUGUGCCAUGUCUUAACUGUAUUUAGCUCUUACAGUAUUUAUUACUGUAAAUAAACUCCAAUCAGUACUAAUUAAUUGCCAUUUUGGUAAUGAUUAGAAUCGAAUCUCAUCUUGACCAGCAUCACUUGUCUUCUGUUUGGUUGUUUGGGCCAAACUGAAAUGAUCCUAUAAAUCAAGCCGUUUAGAUGUUUUAAAUGGGCUUAAGUUCCUCUUUCCACCAGAUGAUGCCUUUAGUUAGAAUUAGUUUGAAAUAGGGAAGUAGCACAACACAUUAUGAUCCAAGGAGCUUGCAACUACAUUAACUGAUUAAGACUCACUUAACGUGUGUUAUAUAUUCCUCUAGCAGUACAUGUGAAUAAUGUUAUAGCAAAGGGACUGACUGAAAUAAAUGGAAUGGAAUUUUGAUUUGGAUUAUGAGUCUAAUGUGACUUCUGCAAUCACGGUUUAAGUGCAUGCUGGGUAAAUAAAACAAUAUGGUAAAUCUCACAUCACACAAAUACUGAUUUGUUCUUAAUUAUAGGAGCUACCACUAUGCGCAAAACCAUUAGAGACGGGUUACUGGUGUGCUUUAUAGGAAAAGAGAACUGAUUUCCCUGCACUUUCAAACCCAUGUGCCUUAGAUUGUUCAAAUCAGUACUUAUUACAAAUGAAAAGAUGACAUUUUAUCUGUUGACACUCAGUAACUUUUUGGUUCCAUUUAGAUUUAAAGGCCUUUCCCUUCUGAUUUAAAUGUCUUUUUUCUGUACCUAGGACAUUUGUAAAACAGAGACUACUGUUGUUUGAUCUUGUCUAUGAAUUGAAUGUUUUUUUCCCCAAAAAAGGGCAGUUGUGACAUUCACACCUUUAUUGGGGCAAGCGUCAUACACUGAUGCUGCAACAUCUGUAUUAUUGUGGAGAGAUCAGAGAAGUUAUGCAGUAUUUGAGAUUCACAACCAAAUACCUGUGACCUCAGUAUCUCUGUGAAGAAAAAAGUUUCCCUUUGAAUUUUUUGGUGUUUCUUUCUAUUCUAAUUUCAGAUUUUUUUUUUUUGCAAGUCUUCAUAACGUGUACUGUACCUUGAAAGAAAGAUUUUAUUAAAAUUGUGAAAUAGUAAAACUAA